AUUAGUCAAAGAGUAAUGUAUUAUAGAUAUUAGUUGAUAAGGUUUUUCCAGAGGCGAGGCGUUCAUUUGCAAAUGUGAAUAAUAGCGUAAUUAUAAUCAUGUUUCGUGUAGUAUCGUUGUUGUGUGUUUUUCAAUUUUUCCUUCUGGGUCAUAGUUUUCUCCAUAAAUAUCCGAAAAUAAAGCUGAGGCAAAGAGAUGGAGGUGACGCUGGUGACCCAUUGUUCCUCACUCCUUAUGUCGAGAGCGGUAAUAUUACAGAAGGCCGGGAGUUAGCACGAGUCCCGUUCACAGAGAGCUUGCGAAUUAAAAGUUACGCCGGCUAUUUCACCGUCAACAAGAAAUACGACUCUAACCAAUUCUUCUGGUACUUCCCGGCCAUGAUUCCAGAUAACAAAUUCGCACCUGUAGUGGUAUGGUUGCAAGGAGGUCCUGGUGCCACUUCACUUUACGGUCUUUUUACAGAAAAUGGACCUAUUAGAGUUAGAAAUGAGAAGUUUGAACGCAGGAAGUAUACAUGGGCGUUGAGUCAUCACGUCAUCUAUAUUGAUAACCCUGUCGGCACUGGAUUUAGCUUCACAAAGGAUCCGAAUGGAUACUGUACUAAUCAAACACAGGUUGGUGAAGAACUCUACUCUACUGUAAUACAGUUUCUUCAGCUGUUCCCUGAGCUGCAGACAAACAAAUUCUUUGUUACUGGAGAAUCGUACGCUGGGAAGUAUGUGCCUGCUUUAGCUUACACGAUUCACAAGAAAAAUCCAACUGCUCAAAUAAAAGUCAACUUGAAAGGUAUAGCUAUUGGUAACGGUUUAAGUGACCCUGAACACCAACUGUUGUAUGGUAAAUAUUUGUACCAAAUCGGCCUUAUAGAUUGGAACCAGGCUCAAGUUUUUGAACAAUAUGAAAAAAAGACUGCAGAGUAUAUUCAGAAUAAACAAUGGAUUGAAGCUUUUGAAACAUUUGAUACAUUACUGAAUGGUGAUUUAAUUGAUGGCAAAAGUAUUUUUUAUAAUAUGACUGGUUUCAAUUUCUAUUUUAAUUAUUUACAUACCAAAGAUUAUAACAGUUAUGAAGAUUUUGGGCCAAUGCUUCAAAAGACUUAUGUGCGCAAAGCAAUCCAUGUUGGUGAAUUGCCUUUUAAUAAUGGGACAAUUGUUGAGCAACAUUUGAAAGAAGAUGUAAUGAAAUCUGUCGCUCCAUGGAUAACAGAACUCUUGGAUAACUAUUAUGUUGUAAUUUAUAAUGGACAAUUAGAUAUUAUAGUUGCCUAUCCUUUAACUGUUAAUUACUUGAAGAAUCUCAAUUUCACUGGAUCUGAGGAUUAUAAGACUGCUAAAAGAUAUCAAUGGAAUGUGGACGGAGAGCUUGCAGGAUAUGUAAAGCAGGCAGGGAAGCUUGUAGAAAUAAUGGUGAGGAAUGCAGGUCACAUGGUACCUGGAGACCAGCCUAAAUGGGCUCUAGAUCUGAUAACAAGAUUUACUCAUGAGAAAACAUAUUCUUUCCAUGCAAAAAAGCACCACAAAUAUAGUCACAACAAGAAAAUUAAGUCACAUGGAAUUUAUUGAUUGUACAAUUGUUACCAUUUCAAGAAUAAUCCAGUUCAGUCCUGUUUCUAAUAAAACAAGUUUCUUAAAGUAUGAAUAAAACUAAAUCUUGCCAUUUACAUAUGGAUAGUAUCUGUUUGAUUUUUUUAUUGAAUACAAAUAAUAUUUAC